CAGGCCAGCUUGCUGUAGCAGUCCACUGUGAGCCACGAGAGGUCAUGGGGAAAGUCCCGGAUAUCGUCAUGCGUGACAGCAUCUAAUUAAUCAUCAACUCUGGAACGUGAUCGCCAGCCUAUAAAAGGGAAAACCUUUGGAGUCUUGGAGCCCAGACCACUGGCCUUCACAGACAUCUCCAGACCCAGGGACUUGUGCCCCAGGAGGAGCCCAAGCUAAUGGGUUCUCGCCUCAGCCCUGAGGCCAAUGCCGAGGUGCCCCGAGAGGCUCUUAGUUUCCACGGGGACGCCACGGGCGCACAGGUGCAUCUGGAUGACCAGCGGAGCACAGCGCGCAGGCGCUCCACGUUCCACGAUGGUAUCGUGUUCAGCCAGCGGCCUGUAUGGCCCGGUGAGCGUGUAGCACUGCGCGUGCUGAGACACGAAGAUGGUUGGUGCGGUGGCCUCCGCGUGGGCUUCACGCGCCUGGACCCUGCGCAAGUGGCCGCGUCCUGCCUGCCACCCUUCGUGUGCCCGGACCUGGAGGAGCAGAGCCCCACUUGGGCAGCGUUGCUUCCAGAGGGCUUCGUUCGUGCGGGGAAUGUGGUCUGCUUCUGGGUGAACCGUAGAGGAUGGCUCUUCGCCAAGGUCAACGCUGGCCGCCCCCUCUUGUUGCGCAAAGACGUGCUGGUCCAGGGCGCCCCGCUCUGGGCGGUGAUGGAUGUGUACGGGACCACGAAAGCCAUUGAGCUGCUGGAUCCCAAAGCCAACGCCUGGAUCACCAGUGGGGAGCCCAUGCCAGAGUCUGAAGUCACAUCAGGAGAGGAGUGUGUCAUCUGCUUCCACAACACUGCCAACACCCGCCUAAUGCCCUGUGGCCACUCGCAGUUCUGCGGCUCUUGUGCCUGGCACAUCUUCAAAGACACGGCCAGGUGCCCCAUGUGUCGCUGGCAGAUCGAGGAGGUGGCUGUAGAGCCUUCAGUGAAGUCUGGGGAAGGCUCCUGAGAUGAUGGCUUCUUGGACUGUGCAGCAAAUGGGACCUGGCUCUGAGGCAGGCCCUGCCAAAGGAGAAACCUCUGUCUGGAUGUUCGGUCAGCAAGCCCAGCCGAGGGCCACCGUGCCUGAUCUUGGGUCAGAAAGCCUGGUUAGCCACGGAGGCUCAGCGAGUCUUUCCCCAGCCAGAACUUCUGUAGAGGCUGAGGUGGUGCAGAGAAAUCUCUCUGGCUGCUUUGGGAAGCCCCCAGCAUGGCAGAGGCAGCCUGAGCUCCCGUGAGGACGUGAAGGGAUCCUGUUUGUGUCUGGUAAAAGUUACCAGAAGCAGGGACAUAUACCAUGGCAAUCUCCUGGCUGACUUGUGAGAUAGCAAAAUAAAGUUUGUUUUUGUAA